AACGUUGAUAUGCGCACUACACUACAGUAUUCUAAUCCAGAGAGACGGAGAGGAAGAGAAAGCAGACAAAGUCAGCGAUCAGUGAAACAUAGAAACGAAACCUUGACGCGUUGAUGAAAGCUAUUAACGGAUUUAUUUAAUUUAGGAGAUGCCGAUCAUACUUUGACAUAUCUAUCUAUCAGCCCUGGAGAAGCCAUGAGUGAGGUCCUGAAGAGGAAAUUUUCAGAGGUGGAGGAGGAGGACCCUGCCUACAUUCACUUCUCUCCCUCUCCUCCGCCCCCCUCCUCCUCCUCCUCCUCCUCCCUCUCCUCGCUUGCCACCUCGGAAUGGGAGUCGGAGGGGGAGAGCUCCCACAGUGAGAAUAACUUCUCCCCUGCCUCACCUUCUUCCCAAUUACCCGCCCGCUCCAUCCUGAAGAGGCCCAGACUUUCCCAGGACAACGACCGCCGUGCCAACAGCGUUGCCUUCAACCAGGUGACCGUGUUCCUUUUCCGGCGUUGCCAGGGUUUUACCAGCGUUCCGAGCCGUGGCGGCGCCACCCUGGGCAUGGCAAGGCAACACAGCGCCCUCCGGAGGUACACGCUGGCAGAGCACGCGCAGGAGAGACGACGGAAACUCAGGAAGAGGCUUCGAAACAGAGUGAGGGAGGAGAGGCUGGAGGCGCUCAGGCAAAGACUCAUGGCCAGUGGCACCAUGGACCAGGACGGGGCGAAUCGUCUCACCGUUGACCAUGUGUCUGAUGACGACAUUGAGGCCCAGCUUCCUGAGGCUGACCCGGAGGAAGGAGAGGAUGGGGGAGACGGUGGCUUUCUGUACCCCUACGCGUCCCGCCAGAGGCAGGCCCUGCUCCGGGCGGCUGGGGUGAGGCACAUUGACCGUGAGGAGAAGAGGGAGCUCCAAGCUCUGAGGAGAUCCAGGGAAGACUGCGGCUGUGACUGCCGAGGCUUCUGUGAACCGGAGACCUGUGCCUGUAGUCUGAACGGAAUCAAGUGCCAGAUGGACCGCUCCAGCUUCCCCUGCGGCUGUACCAAGGACAGUUGUGGCAACACCAACGGGCGCGUUGAGUUCAACUCCCGGCGUGUCCAGACGCACUACAUCCACACCGUCAUGAGGCUGGAGUUGGAGCAGAGACUGCAGGAUGAGACGCUGACCAAGGGGAGGGACCUGGAGGAGAACCAAGAGGGACUACAGCCGCUCCAGGGGCAGUGUCAGCAGGACAGUGUCCAGGAGGAGAGAUGUCCCUUUGGGUUCACCCUGGAAGAAGAGGGCCUACCUCUCUCUGUCUCCACCCGCCCUACUUUCCACUUCAGCCCUGAGCUCUGUGAGGUUGGAGAGAAUAGUUGCUCCAGCGACAUGACCGACUCGUCCGGCUACUCUGCCCAGAGCGAGGACUCAGACACGGGUGGAAGCCCUCAGCAACACCAGCCUCUCCUUGACGUGGAUGAGGGGGGCCUGGCGCGCGUCCUCAGCUUCCGGGACUCUGACAACGAUGACUGCUCCAUGGGCAGUGAGAGGGACGCUAGGCCUGUCAGACAACCAUCGCCGCCCCUUCCCCGGUGUCUCGGCAGCUUUGAGACGUCGUACAGUCUCUGUGAAGACACCACAGGCCCCAGCGCCCUGUCCAACACACCCAGUUCACACACAAGCAACGCCUACAGACACAAAGACGAGACACGCCGACACACAGACAACAGCGUCAGCAUUUCUUCCUUCAUGACAGACUAUUUAGAUGAGAAUGCCAACCAAGCGACGGCCCUGUUUGCAGACAGUCCUCUCCAGGACUACCCCAACACACCCUCUCCCUCCAUAGACUACUCAUCCUGCAGCUACAUGGACCUCAGCCUCUCCUCCAACUCGGACCUGGAGCUCUUUGACAACUUUCCCACAGACUACAGUUCAGGCCCUCUGCACAACUCAUUUAAAGGCCACAAGCACCCAGAUAACUUUCUGCACCUACAGGUGUUGAGUUCAGCAAAUGUCCAACAGUUCAAUGAGCCAGCUGGUACUUGUCUCCUGGAGUCCCUGAUGGGCUUGUCUGAAACUACAGACACACCAUCAUUCCAAGACAGUCAGCUAUUAGAGCAGGUGAUUCAGUGAGUGGGCAGUGACUGCCAAGAAUUUGGUUCCCCUGCUCAGGAUUUGCAUAUGUCUACUGAUGUCCAUGCGCCACAUCAUUGACUUACAUCGACAUACAGAUUGCUGUAACAUGUGAUGUGACUGGCUGAUUGGUAAAAUACCUAUCCAGGCAGAUCUGGAAGUGAUCAGAAAAGCCUUGGAAAAGGAAUAGAACUAAUGUUAAUAAGACCUAAUUGGCUCAAGGAUGUUUAAAUGAGCCUAAAACUACUUUAAUAUGUACAGUGUAAAGUUUGUAUUUUUUUUAAGAUAUAAUCAUGUAUAGUAUAAAAUAUUUUAUCCAAAUGUAUUGAAAAUUAUGUUCAGAAAGACUUAUACACCUUAUACACACACAUUUGUCAGAAAACCUUUCAAAGCCCCCAGUCCCUACAAUAUAAAUAUAACAUAUGUUUCAUGUUUCCAGAUGUCCACUUUUUGGAUGUUGCCUCCAGCAAUUAUUUAUAGAAGGCUGUUCAUGCAAAAGUGACUUAAUUUAUUUACUGUAUACAUUUUAACUAGGAGAUGUAUUGUCGUUGUCAUUGGAACAUCAUAACUCAGGUGCUAAGAUCCAUGAAAGAAGACAGAGAGACAUUCAUGAAUUUUAUCAAUUCUAUUCAUAAGAGUUUUAUUUUGAGUGCAAUCAGGAAAAUAUCAAAAGGUUUAGCACUAAAACAAUUACUAAUUUAUUAUUAUUUGGUACGACAAAAAUGUUUUUUUUCUCUCUUGCUGUAUAUGUCAAAAUGCCAUAGUUUAAUGUAUUGCAGUUCAAUGUAUUCCAUCUUCACAAUACCUCUUCUCUAUAGAUAACUCUUUUUUUGCGUUAUGUAUUUUCCACACUGAAUUUUAUUUCUUUGCAAUGUAUCAUCCAUUGCUGCAAUCUGAUUCCUGCGCUGUGUAUUUAGGAAUGGUUUGUAUAGUCCUGUCUUUUUAAGUUAUUUUUUAUGGAAAUAUUUUACUAUGUGUUACUAAAUCUUGUAUUUUAAAGUAAAGCCAACUAUUAUUUCUAUGAAUAAACAUCUUUUUGGACCACAAUGAAAACAGUUAAAUU